CUCCGUCAGUGAGAUCCCCCUACAGCGAGGUGUCGUCUGUGUGUGUGGCGCGCCCUAGUGGUCAACCACCGGAUAGCAGAGAGAUGUUUAACCCCUCCAUGACCCCUGGAGCCUGUAUGGACCCCUACAUGCGCCCGCCACACACCCCCCCGCCGCACGGCAUGAUGGGACACCGAGGGAUGCCCCCACCCGAGGGAGUCAGUGGCGCCCCCUACUGUAACCCGAGCAUGAUGUCAUCUCAUCACACACUCCCACAUCAUCACCCGUCGGGGUCUGAACUCAUGGGCUCAGGAGACGCGUCCUGUUUCUCGACGCCUCGCUCGAUGCUGAAGCUGAGUAAGAAGCGAGCGCUGUCGAUCUCUCCGCUGUCGGACGCGAGCGUGGAUCUGCAGACCGUCAUACGCACCUCUCCGAACUCGCUGGUGGCCUUCGUGAACUCUCGCUGCGGGCCGGGCGCCGCCAGCUCGUACGGGCAUCUGUCCGUCGGCACCAUGAGCCCGUCGUUGGGUUUCUCCAGCUCCAUGAACAUGAACUACUCGAGAGCGCAGGGGAACAUAUACAGUUCUCCAUCCUCCUGUCACGGGCCGUCACCUCGCCUGCCUACACACAACCCCAGACUCCACGGCCCGCACAAACACACACACAUGAAGACAGAACCGAUCCUGGGAAGUGUGAUGGACAGCAUUAACAUCAAGAGCCUGGAGGAGCACUCAGAGGGAGACGUGGCGAGUCCUUCAUCAACGGGAACACAGGAUCCUCUUCUGGGUUUAUUAGAAGGUAGAGAUGAUCUGGAUAAAGAGGAGAAACCUGAACCCGAGGCCGUUUACGAGACGAACUGCCACUGGGAAAACUGCAGCAAAGAGUUCGACACUCAGGAGCAACUCGUGCAUCACAUCAACAACGAGCACAUCCACGGGGAGAAGAAGGAGUUCGUGUGUCACUGGAAGGACUGUUCUCGAGAGCAGAGACCCUUUAAAGCGCAGUAUAUGCUGGUGGUCCACAUGCGCAGACACACCGGCGAGAAGCCACACAAGUGCACUUUUGAAGGCUGUAAUAAAGCGUACUCGCGUCUGGAGAACCUGAAGACUCAUCUGCGCUCACACACCGGGGAGAAACCGUAUGUGUGUGAGCACGAGGGCUGCAACAAGGCUUUCUCCAAUGCGUCAGACCGAGCCAAGCACCAGAACAGAACACACUCCAACGAGAAACCGUACGUUUGCAAGAUUCCCGGCUGCACGAAGCGCUACACGGACCCGAGCUCUCUGAGGAAGCAUGUGAAGACGGUUCACGGGCCCGAGGCUCACAUCACUAAAAAGCACCGUGGAGACACGGGUCCACGUGCCUCAGGUCUGACCCCUGCUGGGCAAAACUCAGAGCUUCUGAUAGAGAAAGAGGAGAGAAGCCGAGAGGACUGCAAGUUACUCGCUCCAGAAAGCACACUGAAAUCUCAGCCAAGCCCCGGUGGCCAGUCGUCCUGUAGUAGCGAACGUUCUCCACUAGGGAGCGCCAACAACAACGACAGCGGUGUGGAGAUGAACCUGAACGCAGCGGGCAGUCUCGAGGACCUGACCACACAAGAGGAGAACGGGAACACCGGUGUGUCCGAGUCCAGCGCUGGCGUGGGGUCGCUGUGCAUGUCCGUUCAGGCCUUGAAGAGGUUGGAGAAUCUGAAGAUUGACAAACUGAAGCAAAUUCGCCGGCCAACCCCACCUGGGCGGAGCGGAGGAAACAAACUACCGGCUCUCUCAGCAACAGGAGAGAUGAUGGGCAUGUGUGCGCCCUCGCCCUUACUUUCCAACCGGCGUGUAAUGGAGCUUUCUGCUCCUGAUCUGGGUGGAGUAACCGGAAUGGGAAUGUCUUGCCAACCGAACGAUCGGCGCGGCAGCGGCACAAGCAGCCUCAGCUCUGCGUACACAGUUAGCCGUCGUUCGUCAAUGGUCUCGCCCUACCUGUCAAGCCGACGCUCCAGUGACGUGUCCCAGGUGGGUCACUGCCAAUCCGUGAUGGGAACCGAUGUGCCCGGUGACCCACUGUCUCCUCAGAGCAGCCAAAGAAGUGGAUCAUGCCAGAACGCUGGUGGAUUGCCAGGUCUACCGAGUCUUACACCGGCACAACAAUAUAGUCUGAAGGCUAAAUACGCGGCAGCAACAGGCGGUCCACCGCCAACCCCGCUACCCAACAUGGACCAACCCGGUAGAUACUUGAGGGAAUGCCACGGCCAGCCUCUUCCUCCAUUUAUGCAGCAAGGAGGCAUAAGAAGGAACAGUGCUAAUGCCGAAUACGGCACAGGAGUGAUCUAUCCACAUCAGGCACCCGGAAACAACACGAGACGUGCUAGUGAUCCAGUGCGCUCAGGAGCCGAUCCGCAGGGUUUACCCAAAGUGCAACGCUUCAAUAGCCUGAGCAACGUGUCUCUAAUGAGUCGUCGCAACGCGUUGCAUCAUUGCGGAUCUGACGCGGCUCUCAGCCGCCACAUGUACUCGCCUCGUCCACCGAGCAUCACUGAAAAUGUCAUGAUGGAGGCCAUGGCUAUGGAACCUCACGGGAAAACCGAAGGCAACAUGAUCCCGGGUGGAGACAGAGCUUACAUGGGCUACCAGCAAACUCAGCUACACCCUCACAAUGCAAGUCAACUGUCUCCUGGACAAGAAGGCUUGGGAUGCAUGGAUCAAGUCUUCCAAUCUCAAAUGCAAGGUCCGUACCAGGGUCAGCGCGAGGAGAUCUGUGCAACUGGAGUGAUUGGUCAAGCUGAUAUUGCGAACAAUCUUCUACAGCAAGCUGAGUAUGGUAUGAGUACCUGUCAGCUUAGCCCAUCCGGCCCACACUUUCCUAGUCAAGGUGAUGGAUCAGGGCCAUGGGGAUCAACUAACCAACUCCACAGUCCUCAAACCGGCAUGCAGUUCCAGGGUGUAGGCAUACAAGGACAGCACUACCUUCAACAGGGCGUAUAUGACCCUACAUCUGACCCUGGCCAUCAAAGAGUUACUGUAAAACCUGAACAGUUCCAUCCGUCAAUGGGAGGAUCCAGUUCUUGCCAGAACAUCAAACCUCUACACCAGCAUCGGCAUAAUGCAAACAUGCAGGGAUAUCCACAGCAAGGCCAAGGCCUCAUGGGCAGAUCCUCUAAUGCAAGCUGUGACUUCCUUCAAGGCCAGAUGGGAACGCAAGCCGGUCUUCCGCAGCAAAGCCAAGCGGGAUCAUUCCCGAGUGGAGGAGGUAUAAAUCUUGCACUUGCAGAAAGCCGCAGGUCGCAGACCCCAAUGCAUCAAAUGAAAGAGAUGAUGGUGAGGAACUACGUGCAAUCCCAGCAGGCUCUCCUAUGGGAACAGCAGCAGGAGCAAAGUGUAGUCGAUGGUCUCUCUGGGAAGCCUGAUGGGAUAGACAUGGGAGGACAAACGGCAAUGAUUCAACACAGUCCACAGCAUCAACAACCUAACCAGAACCUUUAUCCCGGUAAUGCUUAUCAAGGCUAUCCGAAUCAGAACUUAAUGAGCCCACCGCAAAAUCGAGUUCCCGGUUCUGUUAAGGAGCAUACAGCUGGGAUGCAGGGAUCGUGCUAUGGGCCGGAUAUAGUGCCAAGACCACCUCAGGGACGAAAGCCUUUGAGUCGCCAGAACAGUCUUUCCCAGUCCCAACAAGCAGGUGGAGCUUACCUGGGAAGCCCACCUCACCUCAGCCCGGUCCACUCCACCGCCAGUCCCAGAAGAGGAGUGCGCCUCCCACCAGUCCAACAACAGCAUUCGGAAAACUUCACAAAUAACAACAACCCCAUGUACUACACAGGCCAGAUACACAUGCACCAUGACAUUGAGAAGCCUCAAGAUGGUCCAUGCCUGGCGCAGCAACACCUGACUGGGAUAGACCCUAGUACCAAACCCACAUCAAUGGCCUACUCAGAACCAGCGCCCAUGUCCAACGCCUUAGAAAACCUGGACUUGGAGAACGCUCAGAUUGACUUUACCUCCAUCAUCGAUGACCCAGAGCCUUCAUCUUACAGUCCAAUAAACCCACACCACCAUUGCUCCUCUCAGACCUCCUCCCGUCUCACCACACCCCAAACCUCCAUCACCCUUCCAAGUGGCCUGUCUAAUAUGGCAAUCGGGGACAUGACCUCAAUGCUGACGUCCCUAGCUGGGGAGAACAAGUACUUGAACACGUUGUCUUAAAGUGUUUCUACAAAUAACAGGGCCAAAGUGAGCAUGUUGACUCAGAAACUAUUGCCCUCACGACACUAAAGGUUCCUCUGAACGUCCCUUUUCUUGCUCGUAUGGCACGUACUGAUUAGGGAUGCACGAUGUGAAAUUUUGGGCCGAUAUCGAUAACCGAAAAUUCUUUAUAUUUGAAAGCCGAUAACCGAUAUAUUGGCCGAUAUAUCUAAAUCCAAAUUUUUUAUAAUUUUUGAGAGCCUGAUUACAAAAUACUAAAGUCUCACCAUUAAAAGCCAUGUCUCAAGCACACAAUUAUAAUGUUCUCAUUAUAAUUUUAUGUAGCCUAUAUGACAGACUUGCGCUGCACAUGUUGCACUUUCCUGUAUUUUCCUUUUUUGAAGUGAUUCUAAUCAUAUUUCAAUUAAUUCAAAACCAUCAUGAUGAACAGUGCACAUCUGAAGAGUCUCAGCUGAUGGAAAUAAUCCAUUAGUUAUCGGCUUUAAUAUACAAGUCAAAUUUUCUUAUCGGGCCGAUAACGCUAACAUUAAAAAUGAACAUAUAUCAGCCGAUACCGAUAUGGUGGCCGAUAUAUCGUGCAUCCCUAGUACUGAUGGUUCUGCUGGUGUCCAAUAUGGGAUCACACAGAUUUUGCGUAAUGG